GUAUAUGAUGACCAACCAAAUGCACAUCAGAGGUUUAUGGAAAAGCUAGAUGCCUGCAUACGUAACCAUGACAGGGAGAUAGAAAAGAUGUGCAAUUUUCACCAUCAGGGCUUUGUGGAUGCUAUUACAGAACUUCUUAAAGUUAGGGCUGAUGCAGAAAAAUUGAAGGUCCAAGUUACUGAUACCAACCGAAGGCUUCAGGAUGCUGGGAAAGAGGUGAUAGCCCAAACAGAGGAAAUCAUCCGAUGUAGAGUGCAGCAACGGAAUAUUGCAACAGUUGUGGAAAAACUACAAUUGUGUCUUCCAGUGCUGGAAAUGUACAGCAAACUAAAAGAGCAGAUGAAGGUAAAAAGAUAUUAUUCUGCUUUAAAAACAAUGGAACAGCUAGAAAAUCUGUAUCUACCUAGAGUUAGCCAAUACCGUUUUUGCCAGAUAAUGAUAGAAAAUCUUCCAAAACUGCGUGAAGAAAUAAAAGAAAUAUCCAUGUCAGACCUCAAGGAUUUCUUAGAGAGUAUUCGAAAGCAUUCUGACAGAAUUGGGGAAACUGCCAUGAAGCAGGCACAGCAGCAGAAAACCUUUAGUACCACUCUUCAGAAGCAGAAUAAUGCAAACUAUGGUCGGAAUAUGCAUUUAGGUAGAAACAGAAUGUUGGAAUCCAAGAAUGAAAUCACAUUGAAGCGAACAUUUGAAGAAGAUGAUGAGCAUGAAGAAGAGGUUUUAACUGCUCAAGAUCUUGUAGACUUUUCUCCAGUCUAUAGGUGUUUGCACAUCUACUCAGUUUUGGGCGAUGGAGAAAUAUUUGAAAAUUACUACAGGAAACAAAGAAGGAAACAAGCAAGAUUAGUUUUGCAGCCGCAGUCAAGCAUGCAUGAAACAGUAGAAGGCUAUAGAAGAUACUUCAGUCAAAUUGUAGGUUUCUUUGUAGUAGAAGACCAUAUUUUACAUGUAACCCAAGGAUUGGUAACUAGAACAUAUACUGAUGAACUCUGGAACAUGGCCCUUUCCAAGAUCAUUGCUGUUCUUAGAACACAUUCAUCAUAUUGCAGUGAUCCCGACCUUGUUCUGGAACUGAAGAAUCUCAUUGUAGUAUUUGCUGAUACUUUGCAGGGCUAUGGUUUUCCUGUGAACCGACUAUUUGAUCUUUUAUUUGAGAUAAGAGACCAAUACAAUGAAACACUUCUUAAAAAGUGGUCUGGACUGUUCAGGGAUAUUUUUGAAGCGGACAACUACAGCCCUAUUCCUGUAGCAAAUGAAGAGGAAUACAGAAUAGUUAUAAGCAAAUUUCCUUUUCAAGAUCCAGAACUUGAUAAGCAGUCCUUUCCGAAGAAGCUUCCAAUGUCUCAGUCAGUGCCUCAGAUUUAUAUCCAGGUUAAGGAAUUUAUUUAUGCAAGCCUUAAGUUUUCAGAGUCACUUCACCGCAGCUCAACAGAAAUAGAUGAUAUGCUCAGAAAAUCUACAAAUUUGCUGCUUACAAGAACUCUAAGUAGUUGUUUACAGAACCUAAUUAAAAAACCUCAUAUAGGUUUAACCGAGCUUGUUCAAAUCAUCAUAAACACAACACACCUGGAACAAGCCUGUAAAUACCUUGAAGAUUUUAUAUCUAACAUUACAAAUAUUUCACAAGUGACUGUUCACACUGCAAGACUUUAUGGACUUUCUACAUUUAAGGAUGCAAGACAUGCUGCAGAAGGAGAAAUAUACACAAAACUUAACCAAAAAAUAGAUGAAUUUAUUCAGAUUGCUGAUUAUGAUUGGACAAUGUCUGAAUCAGAUGGAAGAGCCAGUGGAUACUUAAUGGACCUUAUUAACUUUUUAAGAAGCACAUUUCAAGUUUUUACUCAUUUACCUAAUAACAACAAUGACCAUGCAGCUAUGUCGGGAAAAGUGGCCCAGACAGCUUGCAUGUCAGCUUGCCAGCAUCUUUCAAUGUCCCUAAUGCAGAUGCUACUGGACAGUGAAUUAAAACAAAUAAGCAUGGGAGCAAUUCAGCAGUUUAAUUUAGAUGUGAUACAGUGUGAAUUGUUUGCUAGUUCUGAGCCUGUGCCAGGAUUCCAGGGAGACACCCUGCAGUUAGCUUUCAUCGACCUCAGACAAGGGGCACUGUGCUACUGGUGGUACUGUUACACGGAUGUAAGAUUGAAUUUUGUCGUGACAAUUUUGUAA